UGUUGUUCAAUGUGCAAUUGUCGUGUGUUGGCGGCUAUGCACCGCGCGUGUUGUUAGCCUGGCUUAGCGCCGCGUUCCAUGCGGCCGGGACUCUGCCUAGAUGCUAUCGAUUAUGUUCCCUUUCUGCUCUGCGUUUCUCGACUGUGCGCUGUUUGUUUGUGAUUUGUGUUAUGUUUGUUCAUGUCGGUGAUUGUGUACACCCGCCUCGGGGUCGGAACGCCUCUACAACGGUGCGUUGUUCUUCCCAGUGCUUGACACAAGUGUUUUAACGACAACCCGAUACGCAAUGACAGCAGGGUGCCAUCAUCAUCUCAAUGCAAUCAAACCAAAGACGACUCGGGCCGAUUUGCAAUCAAAAAGUAGUUAAGAACAUAUCCAACGGAUAAUCUCUCACUUCUUGUGAAGAUGAUGGCGUCGACGGAUCUGUGACGAAAGAGCUGUGGCACAUUCGAAACGGUUAAAGCAAGUGUUAAACAGUCUGUAACGGUACCAGCAGAUGCCAAAAUCCACGCGAUGAGUAACAUGUGAAAUUUACCGUUUUUCCAUACAAUCGCUAGUGUGACUUCGAGUGAACGAGGCGACGAGAUGUGCAUACAAAUCGUUAUAAUGUUCCCAAAAACCAAAGACCGAUGACGAUAAUUUGUAUUGGCCAAAUAUCGGCGAUCAUUAGGCAGCUAUCACUGUUUUGCUUCAGCAAACUAUAGUGUGAGAUAUUUAAUAGUUCGCAACCAAAAGAACGACUUAAACUAGAAAAGAAAAGCAUUUUAGUAUAGAAGAAGCAAGGAAUAGAAUAGAGUCAUAGCUUUGGUGUGUAGCGCAGAUUUUACCGGCAUUCCAUACAGGUUUUUUAUUUUUGUUUAAUAACUUAUUUCCGGCUCAUUGUUUUGUUGCAUUGCUCCAUGGUGGUGGUGCAAGUGGUACUAGAAUUACAUCGAAAUAAUAACGAGAAACAAUAGUUGGAAAUAGCAAUGCGCGUGAUACUACGCAAUCGCAAGCUGUUGCUGGUAGGUUUAGUUGUUCUAGGCGUGGUAUUUCUAUGCUGGAACUGGUCUGUUUUUUUGGCUUCCUGUUGGGGUGGGACACGUUUAGAAAGCAAUGCCAAGUUAGGCUACAUGGUUCGAGACGACGAGACACAAGAAGGCACGAGUAAUGGCUUCCGAUAUCACCGAAAUAUGCCGCUCAUAUUUAUCGGAGGUGUUCCUCGCUCCGGUACCACGCUAAUGCGUGCCAUGCUCGAUGCACAUCCGGAAGUGCGGUGUGGACAGGAAACGCGUGUUAUCCCGCGUAUCUUGCAGCUCCGAUCACACUGGAUGAAAUCGGAGAAAGAAUCGGUGCGACUAGUGGAGGCCGGUAUCACGAAGGAGGUGCUGAAUGGGGCGAUAGCCCAGUUCUGCCUUGAGAUAAUAGCGAAACACGGUGAUCCGGCACCCCGGCUGUGUAACAAAGAUCCGCUCACACUUAAAAUGGGCUCAUACGUGAUUGAGCUAUUUCCACAGGCAAAGUUUUUGUUCAUGGUACGGGACGGGCGAGCCACGGUGCACUCGAUAAUUUCGCGCAAAGUUACGAUCACUGGCUUUGAUUUGACCAGUUACCGGCAAUGUCUGACCAAAUGGAACCAAGCUAUUCAGACGAUGCACGACCAGUGUAAAGAGAUUGGCAACGAUCGGUGUAUGAUGGUAUACUACGAGCAGCUAGUGCUGCACCCGGAAGAAUGGAUGCGGAAGAUACUGCAAUUUCUUGACAUUCCGUGGAACGACUCCGUGCUGCACCACGAAGAAUUUAUCAACAAAGAAAAUGGAGUCGCACUGUCGAAGGUGGAACGGUCCUCGGAUCAGGUAAUUAAACCCGUAAACCUGGAAGCACUUUCGAAGUGGGUUGGCAAAAUACCAAACGAUGUGGUGCGAGAAAUGGCCGAAAUUGCACCGAUGUUGUCAGUACUCGGCUACGAUCCAUACGCCAAUCCGCCCAAUUAUGGGAUUCCGGAUUCUUACGUUCAGGAGAACACAUUUAAAGUGUUAUCCAACUCGCAAAUGUGGGAGCAUCGUGCUAAGGAACUGCUAAACCGCAAAGCACGUGAAGGCAUUGUCGAUCACGAACAUCCUUCGAAAUUGAUAGCGGACGAAGAUGAUUAUGGCGCUGGAAGUAAGGAUCGCAAGAUGCGAUGAGGAGGAACUGGACAGAUCAACAGGAGUAUCACGUUUUAGAAACCAACAAGGAGGUCUACCUAUGUCAUAUUUAUUGACAUUAGCGAGACAAAAGUUAAUUUAAACCACUGAUUCGCUACCCAACGCAAGAGGUAUGAUAGAGAAAGGAAAUGAAUGUUUGCUUAAAUGUAGCAAGCACAGGGAGUAUUUACUUAUCUGACCAUGCAGACUGCGCAUGCUGUAGUGCACUGCAACUGCCUCGCCACGGUAUAAAUGACUGAUAAGCACUCGCUUUUGUGCGUGUUUUGGUAGAUGUGUAUCAGCGUGGCCAUUUAUACACCAAUGUAUAGCUGGCAUGAAUAUAGGUAUAUAGAUUUAGUUACUCCUUACAUCCUACAUCUCACGUUUCCUAUCAUUGUGGAUGGUUCCCUAUCUACUCACUAUCUCACUAAGUUUGAGAAAGUCAAAAAUUAUAAACGAUGACUAGAAACGAAAAAAUCAGAACAGUUUGAGUGCUCACUUUUCGAACGCACAAAAAAGAUACAGCAGCAUCAGAAUGUGGGAUCUAGUGAUUACUGAAUAGUUAUUAUCGAUCCAAAUCAUUUCUUUACUUACUAUUAUCUACUUGGCGCUAUUAUCUAAGGCGCUAAGCGGCUUACAGAUGGUGGCAACAUGAAUCGAGGCAAACAACGUACAACGUGAAACAAUGAACAAUAUAUAGUACAGGACGCACACGAUUACGUUCGGAGAAGCUGUUAUACCUAACAGGCACUAGUUUACAUAUGCAGCAACAUAAUUCAAGGUGAAAUGAGCGUAAAGUGCCGAUUUAAAAUAGAGAAUUAUGGUCCAGUGUAGUGAAUCAGUACAGAAACAGGACACUGCGCGAAUAGUAAACCAGAAAACCGCAAACUACAAUCACAAACGCAAACGCACAGAGGGGAAUGUUGAGAAUUUAUGUUUCAAGCAGAUUGUCGAACCGGCGAGAGAAAUAUUUCAGUAUCCAACGUGUAGGCGAGCAGCUCUUAGCCCUUCUAGUUUAAUGCAAGGGAAUGAUGCCCUUUCGGGAGACGCGAGCAACAUCUUAUGCUUGCCAUUCGAUCGAUCGAUCUAUCCAAUUCAUAUCGAUCAAGUUGUUAAAAAGAUUUUAUUGAACGCUGUAGCAGGGGGAAAUGCAAUGGUGUACUAUAAUCGCUGAUGAUAAUUUUAAAUGUGGAUGAGGGAGCUGUCGCGUCCCGUAGCAAAUGAAAUAAAACGAAUAAGUAAUAAAGUACGGAUAAAAUUAGGCAUACAUCACAGAAAAUGUAUUACAACAAAUGAUACAGAUAGAGCUAUCGAUGGUACGAAAACGUUAAUUAAUUUGAAACCAACAGAGAAAAAACAUACAUAUGUACAGCAGUUAUGGUUUUCUAAAGAAUUCAACGUUCGUUUUUUUAUCGAUUUUGUGCCAGUUAUAUCAAUAAUACACUAGAAAUUAUACUAGCCACCGAAGCACGCAUUCCUAUGUGACUAUAUUAACGUCGAAGUCAGGUGAGUGCCAACGAGCACCGAUCGAUAAGUGCUCGUUGACAUCAAGGAUUGUGAUAUAUGUUUAUUGUGAUAUACUUUCAAAGACACAUACAAGCUAAAUAUACACUUUUUAUUUUCCAAUAUUUUUUCAGCCAAUUGUUCGUCCUAUGAACACUUGCUGAAUAGAACAUAUAGAUGGAAAAACGCCAAGCAAAAUUAAAACACACGCUGCUAUUAUACGCUUUGCUGUAACAAGCAGUUGUAAUUGGCAGUGGGUUGGGUGUGUUUUGAACGCCGUUUUCAUGUGAUGUGAUGGAGUAGCGCAGUUGAAAAGAUUUUUGUAAUUUUGUAAUCGAUGGAGUAAUUUUAUACAUCAUAUUUUAUAUCCCGCUCAAUUUUAGACGAGAUUCCGUCUUUUUAUCUCGUCAGAAUUGUAAUAGCUAAGACCAAAUCGUUCGUCCAAAAAUUAUUGUCUCUUUUACUUUUUCUGCUACCGACAAUUGGUUAAAAUUGGGACAAAUACUUUUGAUGUCAAACUGUAUGUAGCACCGUAAUGGACGCCUACUUACACUCUUCUGCCUGAUGCUAGCUUAUAUAUAUAUACGGUUAUUGCUUGCCAAUUAACAAGUUAUAGAAGAAACAUCAACAAUAUGGUACCGACAUCUUAUGAAUUCUUAUUUUUCCUGGUUA